AUGUCUGCCGCGUCCUCCCGCAACGCCAUCCGCCGCCUGCUCAAGGAGCUCGACACGUGGAAGCACAGCGAGGCGGCGGGCGAGCAGGGCAUCGAGCGCCUCGGCCCCGUCAGCGACGAUGAGCUGCUCACCUGGGAGGCCGUGAUCAACGGCCGGGGAAUCGGGAAUGGCUACGAAAACGGCCGCUGGCUCCUCCGCAUCGCCGUGCCGCCGGCCUACCCGCUGCAGCCGCCGCAGAUCGCCUUCGCCACGCCCGUCGUGCACGCCAACGUGCACCCGCGCACGGGCGAGAUCUGCCUCGACCUGCUCAAGGACGCCUGGACGCCCGCGUACAGCGUGCUCGAGUGCGUGCGCGCCGUGCGCAUGCUGCUGGCCGCGCCCGCCGUCGACUCGCCGCUCAACGUCGACGUCGCUGCCCUGCUGCGCGCCGGCGACGUGCUGGGCGCGCGCCGGCUGGUUGAGUUGUGGGUGGAGGAG